GUUGCCGCUCCCGGCUUGCACUUACGGUUGCGGCUCUCAGACGGGUGGGAGGGAACCAAAGUCGCCGGUAAAGGCGGCUCUGACCCGCUCCGAGCGCCAACGCAGCCUCCGUAGCCCGCAAGUCUUCGUCGCUUGCUCCGGGCUCUCGAGUCCGGGGCCACCAGGGGCCGCGGCGCUGGGGGGUCGUUCGAGCUGCGAGGAUCCGGGCUGCCCGCGAGGCGAAGGGCGGGUGCCCAGGAUGGGAUGUGUGAAGUCCAGGUUCCUCCGAGAAGGAAGCAAGGCCUCAAAAAUAGAGCCAAAUACCAACCAGAAGGGCCCUGUGUAUGUGCCGGAUCCCACGUCCCCCAAGAAGCUGGGACCGAACAGCAUCAACAGCCUGCCCCCGGGGGUCGUGGAGGGCUCUGAGGACACCAUUGUGGUCGCACUGUACGACUAUGAGGCCAUUCACCGUGAAGACCUCAGCUUCCAGAAGGGAGACCAGAUGGUGGUUCUGGAGGAGUCUGGGGAGUGGUGGAAGGCCCGUUCCCUGGCUACCAAGAAAGAAGGCUAUAUCCCAAGCAAUUAUGUGGCUCGAGUUAACUCUUUGGAGACUGAGGAGUGGUUCUUCAAGGGUAUCAGCCGGAAGGAUGCAGAGCGCCACCUGCUGGCUCCCGGGAACAUGCUGGGCUCCUUCAUGAUCCGGGACAGUGAGACCACCAAAGGGAGCUACUCACUGUCUGUUCGAGACUUUGACCCCCAGCACGGAGACACGGUGAAGCAUUAUAAAAUCCGGACACUGGACAGUGGAGGCUUCUACAUCUCUCCGAGGAGCACCUUUAGCAGCCUGCAGGAACUUGUCGUCCACUACAAGAAGGGGAAGGAUGGGCUCUGCCAGAAGCUGUCAGUACCCUGCGUGUCUCCCAAACCCCAGAAGCCAUGGGAGAAAGAUGCCUGGGAGAUUCCUCGAGAAUCCCUCCAGAUGGAGAAGAAACUCGGAGCCGGGCAGUUUGGAGAAGUGUGGAUGGCCACCUACAACAAGCACACCAAAGUGGCGGUGAAGACAAUGAAGCCAGGGAGCAUGUCUGUGGAGGCCUUCCUGGCAGAGGCCAACCUGAUGAAGACGUUACAGCACGAUAAACUGGUGAAGCUGCACGCCGUGGUCUCUCAGGAGCCCAUCUUUAUUGUCACCGAGUUCAUGGCCAAAGGAAGCCUGCUGGACUUUCUCAAGAGCGAAGAAGGCAGCAAGCAGCCACUGCCAAAACUCAUUGACUUCUCAGCCCAGAUUUCAGAGGGCAUGGCUUUCAUUGAGCAGAGGAACUACAUCCACCGAGACCUCCGGGCUGCCAACAUCUUGGUUUCUGCAUCACUGGUGUGUAAGAUCGCUGACUUUGGACUGGCACGGAUCAUCGAGGACAAUGAGUACACAGCUCGGGAAGGAGCCAAGUUCCCCAUCAAGUGGACAGCUCCUGAAGCCAUCAACUUUGGCUCCUUCACCAUCAAGUCAGAUGUCUGGUCCUUUGGUAUCCUGCUGAUGGAAAUCGUCACCUACGGCCGGAUCCCUUACCCAGGUAUGUCAAACCCAGAAGUGAUCCGGGCACUAGAGCAUGGGUACCGUAUGCCUCGACCAGAUAACUGCCCAGAGGAGCUCUACAGUAUCAUGAUCCGCUGCUGGAAGAACCGUCCAGAGGAACGGCCCACUUUCGAAUACAUCCAGAGCGUGCUGGAUGACUUCUACACGGCCACCGAGAGCCAGUAUCAGCAGCAACCUUGAUGGGCGGGGAGAACAUGAGCAGAGCCAGAAGCCCCAUCAGGGCCUUGACAUGUUCGACCUGCUGGGCCCACUCUCAGACGCCCCCUCCCCCACAUUCCAGCUGUCAGUGGAGGGAGAGGACUUCACAAUCUCUUUUUGACUCUAGUCAUCUGCAAUCUGCCAUUCUCAGGGCCUCCAAAUUGGUGUUUCUCAUUUGCCUGGAAUGACUGAAUUCAAUCUAUAGCUGUGAUUUAAGUGGGAAGCUGUUAAAAUAGUAUUUAAAUAAAAGAUAUGUGUGUCAAA